GGCUGGGAUAGGAGCUGGCGGCAAGUGUCGCGUUGCGUCCUGUUCGACUGCUGUCGGUCACGGCGGAGGCCUUGGGCGCGGUCCGGUAAGGGACGUCAGGGAAGUACCUGGAGCCUGGAUAUCCGGGAAACCUCGAGACUCGCUACGUGGCCGAAAGCGGCGGGCCGCGCAUCCGCUCGGCGUGGGCUUUUUCAUUCAGAUGAUACCGCCGUCCCCUCGCCGCACGUGUUGUAGCCCGCACGCCACCUCCAGAAGUCCCAGAACCUUCUGUCCCACUUAGGCUGUACGCAGAGUGCCAGGAGCCGUGCCUAGUGAUCUUCGAUUUUCACAAGGGCCCUACAGGAAUAACACUUGGCACGUAGUAGGCUCUCAACAAAUUGGAUGGGUGCAUGCAUGAACGAACACUAGUCCAGAAGGUGAAGGUUCCAGGUUCCUGAGAGGAGUUUCCAGACCAGCAGAGCAGAGGGAACCCAAACCUGAGCUGAAGCAACGCCACUGAGGUCAGCACGAUGGCUGUCCCACGUGAUUCAGAUGAGACUUGCUAUUUGCUGCCUCCAAGCAGGAAGGACUGGGAAGGGCAAGGCAUUCCUGACUUUGUCUACGAGCAGAAGGAACUUGUGCUGGAAGGGAUUCAGUGGCCCAGGAGCGCGCCCAGCCUCCCGGAGGACACCGUACUGCCCUCUCGCUUCGACUCUGCGCUGUGCUCUGCCUGGAGGCAGCGGAUGGAGCUGGGGCUGUUCCGUUACCAUCUGGGGGAGCUGCGGACGCAAACCCUCCCCGGUGCCGUGGGCUUUGUGGCCCAGCUGAACGUGGAGCGAGGUGUGCAGAGGAGGCGUCCCCAGAACAUCAGGAGCGUGAAGCAGGCGUUUGACCCCGCACAGUUUAACUUCAACAAGAUCCGGCCGGGGGAAGUCCUCUUCCGUUUGCUCCGGGAGCCUGACUUCCCAGGCGCUCUGCGGCAGGACGACAUCCUGGUCAUGAUCAAUGUCAGCCCCUUGGAGUGGGGCCACGUGCUGCUGGUGCCCGAGCCCGCCCGCGGGCUCCCCCAGCGCCUGCUGCCCGGUGCACUGCGGGCCGGGGUGGAGGCCGUGCUGCUGAGCUCCCACCCAGGCUUCCGCGUCGGCUUCAACAGCCUGGGGGGCUUGGCCUCCGUGAACCACCUCCACCUGCACGGGUAUUACCUGGCCCACAGACUGCCUGUGGAGGGGGCACCGAGCGAGCCCCUGGACCCUGGGGGGCAUCUGCACCUCCUCCGGGCCCUCCCAGCCCCCGGCUUCCUCUUUUACACUAGCGGGCCAGGGCCCGACUUAGAAGCCUUGGUAGGCAGCGUGUGUCGGGCCACUGACUAUCUGACUGACCACGAGAUUGCCCAUAAUUUGUUUGUGACCCGGGGGGCCCCACCUGGAAAGACAUCACCCUCCUCAGCUCUCACAGGGGUCCGAGUAAUUCUGUGGGCCCGGAAGUCCAGCUUUGGGGUCAAGGAAGGCGAGGCAUUCAAUGUCGCCCUCUGUGAGCUGGCCGGGCACCUCCCUGUCAAGACGUCCCAGGAUUUCAGCACUCUGACAGAGGCGGCUGCUCUGGACCUCAUUCGAGACUGUCUGCUGCCCCCCGCCCAGGCAGAAGAGGUCCAGGCGGCGCUGGUGGCCCUGAUAGCCCAGUAAACCCUCUGGAAGUAUUUAUUCUCUACCCUGUCUAAGUCCCUUUCCAGAAAGCCGUCCACGGGGGUCACUCGAGCCUUUCCAUGGCUGCCUCCUUGCCUGUCUCAGCCUAAGGGGCCGGGUGAGGAAUUGACCAGUGGUCUCUGUAAAGAGAAGCAACCUUAGAAUAAAUCGAAUGAAUGAGC